UUAGUUUUCUUUUGUGGUUUCCAGUCAAAGCCAUGGCAACAUUUUAAGUUUCACUUUUUAUGUUACGUUGUUACUACAUACAACAAUUAUUAUCUCAGGAUAGGUCUGGUGAUGGUCUCAUGUGAAUACAAUAAUAAUCAUAUGGAUUCCACAGAAUGCCGGGAUUUACUUGAUUAGCUGGGCCACUAUUAGCUUCUAAAUAAGGAAACUGUCCCAUAAUGUUGUAAUAAUAGUCCCUUGAAAUAGGCCACAGCUGCUGCCUCCUUUCUGCUAUUUCUAACAUGCUUCAUGAAUUAUAAAAUGUAUACAUUGUACCGAAGUAAUUAAAUAACUAGACAUAAACUUGAAAUUGGCCAAGACCCAGUUUGUAUGACAUUACGUGGAAUAAAUCACAUUGUUGUGAUUGUACCAAGACUUUGUAUGAAGAAUUUCCUUAGGACCAUUGUAGUGUGACAAUUUGAUAAACUAGAAUGGGUGAGGUGGAAGAAGUUCAGGGUCGCAAGGAUGUGAUGCUUGAGAGGGACCCUUCAGUUGAAGAUUCCGAACAGCCAAAGCCAGUAGUGGUGCAUAUACCUCGUGUUGCUGCACGUACCAUUACUGGUCCUGCUAACUUACAGAACCAGGGUGCUAUAGACUGGGGUCAUCAUGGGUUACUGGCAUAUGGCUCAAACUACACGAUAGUAGUAAUUGACACAAAAAAUGUACAACCAAUACAGUGUCUUGAUAAACACAAGUCUAUGGUGAACAAGGUUUUGUGGGAAAGGAGUAAUCGAAACAAAGCUGCAGAUGAGCCGUCAUCCCUCCAGUUAGUGUCAUCUGAUACAACUGGUCACAUAAUUGUGUGGGAUGUUGUGCUAGGAAACCCGAGGACAGUGUUACAGGAAGGAAAUAAACCCAUACUUGAUAUGGAGUGGGUGUCAGGCUUUGAUAAUGGAGAACAAAUGCUUGCUGCUCUCCAUCCCCCCUAUGCGCUGGUUAUCUGGGACAUCAGGAACAAAACAAAACUCUGGAAGAAAACCUAUACGGAGACUCUUGUGAGCUUCAGCUUUGAUCCCUUCACACCUUCAAAACUUGCAUUUCUGUGCAGUGAUUGUCUCCUUUUCGUGGAUGACUUCACACUCAGUAAGGUCCCAUCAUCAAAUGGCCGCAAGUUCUAUAUUUCAAGCCCACGAUCAAAUCCCUCUGCAAGUUCAGCUCGUGGCAGCAUCUCAAAUCUGACCUCUGUUGGACUGGAAGAGAAGCAGCGUACCAGGGACCGUCUUCGGAGAUUAAUGAAGGAUCUUGUGGUUGGAGAAACAAAACCGAAGCCAGAUGACUACAUGACAGUGAGUGAGUGUCUUCAGUUGGAAUACCAUCAUUCCCUUAGACAUCACAUUUUGCUUGUGUAUGCUCGAGAAGUCUUGAUAUUGGAUCUUCACAUCAACCAAACAGUUGGAAUCAUUCCACUGGAGAAAACAGCAUCGCCUCUAUUGCAGGUGAAAUCUGUUCGUCAGCGUGAAGUCUUAUAUUGUCUUCAUGAAUCUGGCAGUGUCAGUGCUAAAUCUCGCCGCAGGCAAUUGGCGUUUGUUGGUUCUCCACUAGAUGCUCCUGCUGGCAGUGUUUCUAGUGUAGAUAUGGGUUCAGUCACAGCAGAUGUCUUCAUGGAAAUGGCUUAUGAACAGCGCUGCCAGAGCGAAGGGAUACGACAGACAAAGGGCUCGAAGGUACUUGGCAUGGCUGUGAAUCCUGUCUGCGAGAGGAGGAUAGCUUUAUUCAUGAACACUGGAAAGGUUGUAUUCCUGGAAAUGCGUCUAGCUAAUGCAGAACUACCAUUCCCUGUGGUGGCAAGCCCAGGUAUAUUAUCAGAUUUGUUGGCAAAAGGCAGCAGUAAAGCCAACAGACAUGCCCAACGCAAGGAAACCCUCAGUGAGCUAGUGGGUCCACUUAUGAAUGAUUGUAGUGUUUCUAUGCCAGCAUUGCGACUCCUUGUGAUGGGAAUGCUGACAGGGGCUGCCUCACCACUCACUGUGAUACGAAUGUGCCCCCCUCUAACAACUCGCAACUGGCAACAGUAUACUCCCCUUAUGGCUGCAGGAACUACUACUGGCCUCGUCCAGAUCAUCAAUAUGGCGACCGGCACAGUAGACAAGGAACUAAGUAUUCAUUCAUAUACUGUCAGGGGAAUAGAGUGGACAAAUCUAACAACGUUUCUGUCAUUUGCUUAUCCAAAUGUGAGCAGCACCCAAGGACAAGUACGCAAUGAACUGUUUCUUACUGAUACACUAACUGGCAACUCCCUGCCAUUGAGAACUGAUAAGGGUGAUGAACCCCCUAUAGAUAUGGUGCGAGUGUCUCCUCUCAAGCAGUACUUUGUUGUGAUAAUGAAGGAUGGGCCAUUUGAGCUGUGGGAUCUUCGCAAUCUGUGCAUAUUACGGACCAUGCCUAAGAAGUUUCCUACCGUCUCAGCUCUGGAAUGGUCUCCACUCCACAAUCUCAAGUCUCUAAAGAAGAAACUAGCUUCCGUGGAAGAGAAAGAGCAGGCUGAACCCAUGAACUUGGCGACUAGCACUCCUGGUGGGGAGCUUGGCAGAGGGGAGGGCACUGAUAAGCAGUUGGUUGCCAGGGAGCACUUUGUGUUCAGUGACUCAGAAAGUCAGCUUUACCAUUUUUCUGUUGAAGGAAACAUUGUCCGCGAUGGCAUCAAAAUUCCACCUGAGCCAGGAGUUGGAACAGUGACAUGCAUUGCAUUUAAAAAUGAUCAAAUUGUACAAGGAGAUGUAGAUGGUAUGCUGAACAUCUGGGACCUGAAGGCCCGCACUUCCAGGAAUAUUCACACAGGUCGUGGAUGGAUCAAGAAGAUGCGCUUUGCACCAGGAAAGGGAAACCUUAAGCUCCUUAUUCUCUACAGUGAUGGUGUUGAUGUUGUUGACUUGAAGAAGCAAUAUGAAAGAAUAUCCCAAUUGAAAUGUCCGAAAGAUAUGGUUAAAGUUCUGGACAUAGAUUGGGCUGCAUCAGACAAACCAGUGUUGGCUACUCAGGAUGGAUGUCUCAGGAUAAUGGACAUGAUUCUGGCUACAAGCUAUUCUCCACUGAUGGAUUAUGAACUCCAAGAUCCAGUGUUCUGCCCAUCACUGUUGCCCAUUUCAGCAGUUACUAACCUUCAAGUGCUUCUGUCUGCACAGUUCUGGAGGGACAAAUACUCACUGGAUUUUUCUACUGAUGAUGGCUUCUCGGAGCAGGAGCUACAUGUGGUCAAAGAGCAGCUGGAGCUGAUGGAUGAAGAGCAACUUCAGUAUCUGCAGCAAUGUCCACUGGGUACAGCUGAGAGAAGCCUCAUAGCUGCACAGCUGUUUGGUGAGCAGUUCGAGGUGGAUUUCUGGACAGUGGCACUCUACUAUCUUCAAGUUGCAAAGUUGGAGACUAGGAACAGCAAGGCCACAGAUGUGGACCAAGCAGCAGGGGUUGACCUGCGAAACACAGGAUCCCCAUCACCACUGGACACAAGGAGAAUUAACAGAUACCCUCACCUUCAACCUCUGGAUACAUGUUAUGAUGUUCUGUGUGACUCAUACACAUACCAGAGACUACAGUUGGAACGUGUAAGUCUACAUGAGAGCAAACGAGGGGAUUACCAACAUACUAAGAAGGUGAUAGAACAGCUGAUCUUGCUCGGUGAGAUGGACCGUGCUGUGCAGUUGCUGCUGGAGACAGAACUAGAGAACCCUCAUUACUACACUGAUGCCAUCAAGGCGUGUUUGGUUGCAACAAUCCAGUCAACAGGAGCAGCACAAAGCACCAUCAAGUUAGUGGCAACAAAUCUUAUUGCCAAUGGUAACAUCUGGGAGGGUGUGCAACUGCUGUGUUUGAUUGGCAAGGGCCUAGAUGCAUGUCGCUAUUUGCUUUCCUACAGCCUGUGGGAAGCAGCUGUUUGGCUGGCCAAGUCAGUACUGCCAACCCCUGAAACUCAUGAGGUGAUGCGCAAAUGGGCUGAUCAUCUGUGGGUUAGUGGGCAGAAGAACAAGGCAUUAUUGGUAAUGCUGUCAAUGUGCCAAUUUGAGCGUGUGUUGGAGUUACUGGGGGCUCAAAAGCUGCAUAUUCAGGCUGGUCUUCUGUUGCAAGCUUGUCAAGAAUUUGGGAUAUUCUCACCUGCAGUUCGUUCAACAGAGCCACUACUGAUUGCUGUUGACCUUGAUUUUGCAAGACAGCUGUUCUCCUUAAGAAACCACCAAGCAGCCCUGGUACUUAGUGAAAAGCUUGGAGAGCCAGGGCAGCAACUGCACAAGGAGUUUCAGAUCCUUUCUGAAGAGAGAUGAUCACUUCUGUGACUUUGAACAGUUCCACCACAUUCCUUUGCAUGAGAAACAGAAGUCAAGACAGGAUAUGCAGCAUUCCACAUCAUGCUCCAGUCGCAUCUGAAGUGGAAACAUCCAGUGUCUUACUGAAGCACUAAGGCUGAGAUGAAGGUGCAGUUGAGUGGCAUUCUUAUCAGAAUGCUGGACUGCAGGUUCUUGCAACUGAUGCAGACAGUGUAAAGAUGCAGUAACUGUUGGGUGCUACCAGAAUUUGUAUUGAAGAAAUUGUAACAUCAACUUGCUUGCAUCCAGAAUUUGUUCCUCAAGUAUGAUGUCCUCUUGAAGUUUGAGCGACUAAGAAACCAGUGUCCUGUAAUCACUGACUGGGCACAAAUUCUGAACAUAUAUGAACUUGACAAGCCCUGUCUGUUCUGCCAGCAUUAUAAGCUACCAGGUGACUAACCUGAACCCCAUUACACAGCAUGCCAAGGCUGUAGAACAUGUCAUAUACAAAUAAAAACAUAAAUGCAUAGUUGGACAUUAUUUUGUAAAGGUAUUGUUUUAUGCAGAAUAAAAUAAUUAUGUUAAAGA